CGAGUGUACCUAGCCGGAAGCCUGAGUCCGGGGGCCCAGGGAGGGGAGGAAGCUGAAAGCCAGAAGUCCUUUCCUUGGUUUUAGAAGCCGGAGGGAACAAGAUAUUUUCCUUUCGGUAGACGCUGGGAAAAUUCUAGUUUGAAAAGGCGGCCGCCUCUGUGAUAUCAUGGAACGAUAGGCGGAGUCUCCCUUUGUUGCGGUCCUCUCAGACUCAGCGUUGAGCUUGUGGGCGGGGCCGAGAAAACUCCCUGGGAGUAUCUUUUGGGGAGUUGGGGCCCCAUGUGGGAAGCUAGAAGGGGAAGCUGUGGAAAUUCCUCGUAGACCGGGGCGAACCGUGACCGUGACUCCAGUCAAAAAGCUCUCCAAAUCACGGGACCGACCUCACCCUCGCCCCCAAACAAAAUCCUUAAUUUUAGGCGUGGGAAAAUAGCAGAGUGGAAGGACGUGGCCUGCUCAUCCUGCCUAAAAGCCCUCAACCUGGAUUCGGCUCUUCAGCGGAUCCUUGUAUUUGAGGACACAGCAUUCAAGGUCAAGGUCGGGCAGCGGCUGUUUAGGGCUCAUCGGGUCUCCGGACUCCUCGGUUUCCUAACCGAGAAGUGUGCGCCCUGCAAAAUAAGGGUCUUAGUCUCGGGGAAGGGCAUCUUCCCCCUUAGCGUGAAAGUGUGGGGUAAAAGGACCCUCCCCGGGGUUCGGCGCGGCCGGAGCGCUCCGGUCGCAAUGGAUCCGCAACUUCCCUUCCUGGUGGCGGCGCUGGCCGGCUGCCUGCUUCCUGCCCGGGCCUGUCUCAUGUGUGCUACAAAGGUCGUGGAGGCGCUAGACUCCUUGGAGAAGACCUACCUGCCUGACCACCUGCCGGCCGAGCGCCACGGAAGCUUUAUGAAAAGGGUGAAAGAAGCCGUGCUGGAUUUCAAGAACCUGCCAAUUCAGGAGGAUUCCUAUAUGGGGGUUGUUGAUGAGCCCACACUGGAAAACGCAUCAUGGAGUUUUCUGAAGGAUUUGAAACGUAUCACAGACAGUAACGUAGAAGGUGAGCUUUUCGUGAAGGAGAUGUUUUGGAUGUUGCACCUGCAGAAGGAUAUCUUUGCCCGCUUUGCAGCUCAGUUCCAAAAAGAGGCUUUUUGUCCCAACCAAUGUGGUGUGAUGUUGCAGAGUCUGAUCUGGUGCAAUUCCUGCGAGAGGCAGGUUCACGCCUGUCGAAAGAGAGCUGAUUGCGGGGAGCGCAUAGUCGUCGUCCACGAAAAGGAAGAUAUGAUCCUGAACUGUGAGCUCAACUGGCAUCGACUCUCUCAAGGCCUGACCGAUUACAGCUUUUUCAGGGUUUGGGGGCAAAAUUCUGAGACCUUGCUGUCCGAGGGGAAAGAUCCCAUCCUGACCAAGACCGCGGUGACCGCAGAGGACGCAGGCGUCUACCGCUGCCGUUUGGGCACUGUCCAGUCCAUCCCAGCCACGGUCCUCUUCUUUCGAGUCACAGUGUUGCCCGAAAGGAUCCGUGAAGAGCUACCGUCAAGCCAGGCUGGGGAGGCCGCAGGUCCGGGGGAUUCGGGUAGCCUCCAGAGGCCCCCAGCCGGCCAGCCUACAUCGACCCAGUGUCCGAAGUCCGAGAACAUGCUGAGAGGCCGUCUGAUCGGACUGCUGAUCUGGGGCUUUGUGGUGCUGAUAAUCGGCUUUGCGACCGCGAUACUUUGCUUUCGGCCUGAGAGGGUGAUCAAUUGCAUCAAGAACUGUUUGGGCACCAUGAAGGAGUCUGCCACGCCACCACAGGUUUCAGAGGAAAAAGCCACAUCAUCAAGGCACAAAUAAAGAUUUGUCUGAUUGUCUCAA